CUAUUUUCGUGUUUUAGUCAUACCCCGUGUAACUAAUUUUACUACUCUUUUUGCGGAGUUGUUUGUUGACAAAAUAUGUUCAACCUAUUGAUAUUUAAAGAUACUUAAACAUGGCUGCAAAAGAAAAAAGAUGGUCCUUGCGAGAAGAAGUAUGCGGAAACUCUGACAGUAGAGAGAAGGUGGUCAAUAAAGUGCCUUUGUACAUGCAGACGUACAGCUGGGACUGUGGUCUGGCAUGUGCUUCCAUGGUGCUGCAGUAUUUAGGAAAAAGUUCGAAGAAAGUCUACACGUCUGACUUGGAAGAGUUAAAGUGCGGUGAAAGUAUAUGGACGAUAGACCUUGCCUUAUUGAUGAAGUUGCACAACAUUCGACAUCUUUUAUGCACUAUAACGUUUGGAGUGGAUCAGGGAUAUUCAAAACAGGCAUUCUACAGCAAUUUUGUUACUGAUGAAGAAAGAGUGUCCAACUUAUUUCAGAAUGCAGAAUCAAUGGGAAUAAAUGUACAGAAAAGGUCGGUUCACUGUGAUGAGAUUGUGUCCCACCUGGGGGAUGGGAACCUGGCCAUUAUCCUUGUGGACUGGGCCCAGCUUGAGUGCCUCUGGUGUGACAAACGACACUGUAAAUCUUGCUGUUUCUCCUGUCUGUCCUCCUCCUGUUGUCGUGGAUACCAGGGUCAUUUCAUAGUAGCCUGUGGGUUUGAUAGCAAAAAGAAGAAGAUCUUUUACAUGAACCCAUCUUAUGAUGAAGAGAUGUGCUGCUGCAGAAUGAGCCAGUUUGAUGCAGCUAGAAAAAGUUAUGGCACAGAUGAGGACAUUUUGUUUAUUUACAAGGAUGGAGUUCCGUAGAUGUGACCCAGGACAUAUUAUCUAAAUUGGGACCACUUGUGACAGAUUUUUUACAGUUUAUUUACAUGUAGUACAUGUACAUGCAUUCACAGUCUCGCUGCCUUAGAUGUUCUUGCAAAACCAUGUGUUCAUCACACAAGAACGUAGUGCCACUUUGAAGUACUAGGAGCUGCUUAUUGACAUACAUAUAAAGGAUGUUUUAAAAAUUAAUUUCAUACGAUAUUGUAAUUAUACCCCCGCUUUACAAAUGGAAUGGGACUAUACAGGAAUCAAGAGCGUCUUCACAUCCAUCCGUCCUGAAUUUGAUCAAGUCCAUUACUUCCAUGCAUGGUUGAUUUCCAAAAUAAUUUGAAUAAGUGACCACUAUAAGAAGAGGACACCCAGGUUCUCAAUCUUCAAGCUGCAGAUCAUGGCAAGGUCAAGGUCUCUGCACGUGUUUGAUUGAUGUGCUCUUGAACAUUGGUUUAACGCUGACAUUGUAUAUUUUAGAUUGAUAUAGUGUCAACAAUGAAUCGCUUCCCUUUUUAUUAUCUUUAAACAUUUAUUGUUAUUUUCAUUAAUAUUUGGCUAAGUCAAGCAGUAACAUCCAGUGCCAAGGCGGCGUGCAGGGGUAAUCAUACCUUCAGGGAUAUCUCUAGAACAGUUUAUUUGCUGAUUUUUUUCUAUUUGUGUGUAUUAUAUGGAAAACAGAAGUGAUAACAGUAUUGAAACAAACAAACAUUUCAGCUUGGUUUUGUUAAUGUCAUGUCAUAGUCUUGGGGGCGAUGGCCUUGUCACCUUGCAAAAACUUAAACCUUGACCAUAACUCUAAAACCGUUCCAGAUAGCGUGACACUGAGGAAUAGUUAGGCCCACUACUCUAUCUUUAUGAACUGUCUAGAUAUGCCUUGUGUUCAACAUAAAGACAACAACUGAACAGUGCUGGAGUUUGCUCUGCGCUGCUGUUGUUUAACUCGUACAAUACAUUGGUUACGUUUUGUUUUGUUAUGUUAUAUGUUGGAAAGAAUGACCAGGGCACAUUCUGGUUAUGUUAACCAUUCUGCUCUAAGUUAAGGGUUAAGACAUACCGAAUUGCAUAUUACUGCCAGUUAUAUAUACUAAAGUAUAUGAUGUAUUUUGUAAACAGGUUGUCUGUAUUUUAAUGUAGUCUUUGGUUCCUCCUUUUUGUGAUUUUAGAGAUGAAAAUGAAGUCUUGUUAAAUAAAUUUGCUGUACACCUUAAUUUUAGCUCAACUAGGCACAAAGUGCUCAGCAUAAGCUAUUGUGAUAGGGUGGUUGUCCAUCGUUGUCUGUCCAUUGUCAACAUUUUUCUUCAAACAACUUCUCCUAAACCACUUGGACAAUUUUAAUCAAACUUCACAGGAAUGUUCCUUGGUUGGUCCUCUUCCAGAUUCCUUCAAUAAAAGUGGUUCCAUGCAGAACUAUUGUUGCCAUGUCAACCAAAGGAAACACUUAAAAUCUUCUCAGAAACUCCUGGCCCGAUUUCCAAAUAAUUUCCCAGAAAUGUUCCUUAGGUGACUCUGUAUUAAAUUCCUUCACCCCAUGGUGAUUCGUAAAAAAAUAUGGUCGCCAGGGGGCGGGGCUAUUUUCUACUAUAUGCCUAUAUGAAAUACUUUGAAAAUCUUCUCCUCUGAAUCCGCUGGCCUGAUUUUAAAAUAAUUUUACAGAAAUUUUCCUAAGGUGACCCUUAUCAAAUUUCUUCACCCCAUGUUGAUUCAUAAAAAAACAUGGUUGCCAGGGGCGGGGCUAGUUUCCACAAUACGUGUAUGUCUAUAAGGAAAACUUUGAAGAUCUUCUCUUAAGAAACCAAUGCAAAAUAUUUGUACAGAAAUUUUCGUUAUAAGACCCUUUUAUCAAUUAAUUUUUAUUUUUACUUGUUUUACAAUAAUUGAAGAUAUCAACUUUAAACUUCAUAAACAUAUUCACAGUAUAAACAAUGUGCUCUUUUAUGACAGGUUAAAUAUUUCCAAUGUUAAUAUUGUAAUAGUUAUGGCUCUUUGUAUAGUUAUGGCCAUUUGUAACAUUUUAAACAAAUGCAUAUUUUCCAUGUUUUUAUAUUUUUAUUAUUAUUAUUAUUAUUAUUGUUAUUUUUUCUUUGAUUCAAUACAUUGUGUUUCAAGGUGGUGACAUAUCACUUAUAAAAUUGACGAUGUAUUAAAACUUGUAUUUAUACUU